AUGGCGGAGAAGUGUAAGUGGAAAACUUGUGAAGAGGAGGAAGAGAAGAGCGCAUUUAUAGUGAAAUUUUCAAAUGGCAGCGUGAAAAACACAAAUCAGUUUGAUUUAACACUGUACAGAAACAUCGAUAACACCAAUCCCAGAAAGAAGACCAGGAGAAUUGUGGUGGCAGAAUCAGAUAGACUUGCUUACGUCGGAAGCAACUUUGGCACAGGGUCUUUACAAUGCAACAAACUCUGCAAAUAUUUUGUCGGCGUUCUGGAUAAGACGACCAAACAAAUGGUGGUUCAUAAUGCUCAGCUGUUCAACAUGCAAGCGGCCAUACCAGGUGAAUCUGUCGCCGAGGAUACAGAUAAAUCACAAACAAAGUCCUACAGAGACAAGGUGGACUCUCUGAUAGAAGCGUUCGGCACAAACAAACAGAAACGGGCCCUGAACUCACGCAGGUUGAAUGAAGUUGGAAAUGAAACCUUACACCUGGCGGUGGCUAAAGCCGCAGGCAGCAUCAUCGAGCAGAAGGGCAUCGAAGCUCUUCAGCAGGAGGUAGCAGCCACUGAGGCUCAGGCAGACAGUGCCGUGUAUUUGCCCCAGUUUAACGCAGAAGCCAAGAAACCGGAAGACGUUUAUCCGUUUGAUGGACUUCUGUCUCCUGUGGAGUAUGCCGCCCUGGAGGAGCCUGGGCAGAAGAUGGAGGAGCUUACCUCAGAGGACCUACAGAAGAUGAGAGACAGCAGCCCGCAGACUGUUCUCUACCAUCUGGAGUGUCUGCCCAAGGAGGGGGAGGCUCGUACGAGACAGGCACGCUGUGUCUGGUACCUGUCACUUCUCAUUAAGCUGGCACACGAAAGAAAUAUCACCCGCAAGUUCGGCACUGAGGAAGGUUGUCCACGUAUCAUCCAGAAUAAAGUGAUGAAGAACUUUACCGUGGAGAGUUUCAGUAAAUCCAGAGUGAAGAAUGUAGUGUCUGAUUCCAUGCACGUGAAGUUGGCUUCGCACUGCCUGGCCCUUCUGUUACACAUGGGUGACUUUACUGCUGAUAUUACCCAGCUACACCGUGACCUUGGGAUCAGUGAAAACAGGAUGUUGGAGGUAGCAAAGGCCAUGAGACUGAAAUUGGGCAGACUGGGAGCAACAAACGCAGAUGCUGAGAUCGGCGACGAACACAAACUGGUUACACUGGUGCUUCCACUAGUCAAAUACGAGCGCCGGGUGGAACGCCGGAAACGGAAGAAGAUGACUUAAAAGACAUUGUUAAGAGUUCGCUCCCCGUGGGAGGCUGGCUGACUGACUGACUGACCAAUCACAGAGCGAGAGAUGACCUCUCUCAGACCUCUGACGAUCUCUGCUAUAGAGCUAAAAAAAAAAAAAUUAGAGGGGGCUCUCUCUGUUUCUUUCUCUUUUGAGUUUCACAAAUUAGAAUCAACUUCAGCUAUGUACCACCUCUCGCUACACUGGAGUAUUAACUUUUCCACUUGUUUCCAAAAGAAAAAUAUUGAAAAUUAUUUUCAGAAUGGUUGUAGUCUUAUUUCGGGGUGGUGAGUGCUCCCACUGGCUUUUUUUUUUUAACUCUGUGGCCUUUUCAUUAAGUUCAUGAAAACUCCAUCCAUGUCAGUGAAAUUUGCAUGUGUCACGACUUUUAUGCAAAUAAACAUUCAUUAUGUACGGAGGUUGAUGUCUGUGUUAUUUUGUUCUGAUAUGUGUGUUGAUCGAAAAAAGAAAAAAAAAAGAGACGAGAUCAU